AGGCUCCUGCAGACAGUUCGAAAGCAGCUGGAGAAAAAGAAAUAGCAGAGGCCUUAGUUACUGGGGAAUUUAAAGUUUUACAUUAAGUCCGUCCUUCACAGAAAACCUGUUAAGUAAAAAUGCAACCUCAGCAGAAAAGCCAGUCCCUUCGACCUUUCAAGCAACGGAAAAGCUUAGCAACCAGAAAAGAGGAAGUUGCUGGAAUCCGGGCAAAGUUCCCAAGCAAGAUACCGGUGAUAGUUGAACGUUAUCAGAAGGAGAAAUAUCUUCCCCCGCUGGACAAAACCAAAUUCCUCGUUCCCCAGGAGCUGACCAUGACUCAGUUUCUAACUAUCAUUAGGAGUCGCAUGGUUCUGACAGCCACUGAAGCCUUUUAUCUCCUGGUGAACAAUAAGAGUUUAGCAAGCAUGAGUGUGACUAUGGCAGAGAUCUACAGGGAUUACAAGGAUGAAGAUGGGUUUGUGUAUAUGACAUAUGCCUCCCAGGAGAUGUUUGGCGGCUCAUUGCUAAUGGACAGCAGUAAGCUGCAACAGAGCUUUGGCCAGGGCUCCUGCAAACACCUUCUGCUCACAUCCAGUUAGGAGGUAAUUAAUUGUCCUAAAAGUGAUUCAACAAACUCUAGCAAGUGGGAUUUGUUUUCUCUGCUGAAAAAAAAAAAUCUGGGCUGCCUAGAAUAAAUAGGACCAAUGAACAAAAUGCAAACAUCUGUCUUGUUUUGGUCAAUUUUUUAAUGACUGAAAGCCCUUAAGAAGAUACUGUUGGGGGGCAGCUGAGUGGCUAAGCAGAUUGAGUCAGGCCUAGAGACAGGAGGUCCUAGGUUCAAAUCUGGCCUCAGACACUUCUCAGCUGUGUGACCCUGGGCAAAUCACUUAACCUUCAUUUCUUAGCCCUUACUACUCUUCUGCCUUAGAGCCAAUACACAGUAUUGACUCCAAGAUGGAAGGUAAGGGUUUAAAAAAGAAAAGAAAAUACUGUUGUAAGGGGCAGCUACGUGGCUCAGUGGAUAAAGAGUCAGGCUUGGAUAUGGAAGGUCCUGGGUUCAAGUUUGACCUCAGAUACUUCCCAGAAGUGUGAUCUUUGGCAAAUCACUUAAUUCCAAAUGCCUUGCUCUUACACUUUUCUGUCUUAGAACUGAGACUUUGUAUCAAUCCUAAGACAGGAGGCAAGAGUUUAAUUAAAAAAAAAGAAAAGAAAACAUUGUUGUAAGCCAAGCCUCUGUUUUUCAGAAAUGAAUGGGCAAAUUUAUAUAAGGACUAAAAGAUAAAAAUCUGUUUAAAUGUCAAACACUACUAUAGAAUCACAGAGUAGGGAAGGUUUUGAAUAGAGGCCUCAUAUAUCAUCGCCCCACUUUGAGAAAAGACUUUACUUACAUUCUCUGAGGCUAUAGCAAAUCUCUGUCCCACAAAUUAUCUCUGCUAAAUUAACAAAGACCCAUAGUUUAAGAAAUCCUGAUUAAAAUGUAUCUGCAAAGUCUACCUUUAACACUUUAUUUCAACAGUUGCUUUGGGCCCUUUGUAUUGCCCCCAUGUAGUCCCAAAUCCACAAUGGCUCAAAAUUCAAACACAUUUAAAAAAAAAUCCUCCAAUGUCCAGAUAAAUUUAUACUAAUUCUGUAUAAUCCUUGAUGACAACUUAAGUCCCUCUUAUAAUCUGUCUCCUCUGAUCAGUGCCUUCAUGACAUUUAACUUCUUUUGAAUCACAACAUUUGAUGGUUUAAUCUCCUGAAAUGUCCCUGCUGGAUUUAAAGUUGUUGCUGGAAUUGCUUAAAAUUUUUCUAAAUAAAUCACUUUGGUGGUGUACCAGGACAA